AUGAGACCUAGCUCAACCUUGGACUUACAGGAGUCCGCAAAAACGGCCAGCGGAAGCCAACAGAGCUCCAAAAGGCCGAAGUUCAACAAAUUGGAUUUGACUUCCAUCAUGCUGGCGAAGAACUUGACGACCAAGGCUGCCGUGCUGGCAUAUGCCCAAGACCAUGGCACGGCCGAGAUGCAGGUCUUCGUUCACGCGCAUCAGAGAAAGCUUGCGGACUUUCUGCAAGAAGCCGCCGACUGGGGAAUGGCACGCUCCGCGGCAGCGGCCGAAAAAGAUCUGGACUGGGAUCUGGUCUGCCGUACAGCGCAGGAAGCCUGCCCACAUGAUGGGAGCUGCACCUAUGCCGCAGCCGUGCAAGCGUUCUUCUCGGCCAAUGCAGCGUGUGUGUCGCAGCAGGAGCUGGCAACGGCCCUGCGGGCGAUCAUUCGCUCAGGCCCUUCGAAGACAACACGGGUGCCGCUUCUUGCAGGUCCCCCGAAUUCUGGGAAGACAACCAUCUUGCUUCCCUUUGAUGAUCUUUUCGGGUUCAAGCACGUUUUCCACAAGCCUGCAUUGAACUCCAAGUUCGCGCUUCGCAAUCUGUUGAAAGAGAAGCGGUUCUUGUUCUGGGAUGACUACAGACCUGUGGAAUACGCCCAGGAGACUCUACCAGUCACUGCGUUUUUGAGCUUGUUUCAGGGCCAGCCCCUCGAGGUGCAAGUCUCGCAGGCCUUCAACGAUGGCAAUGUGGACUUUGAGUGGCAUCGUGGAUGCAUUAUGACCGCCAAGUCCGAGGGCCUCUGGGUGCCAUAUGGUAGCGUCUCCCAGGAAGAUGUGCGCCACAUGCAGAGCCGUGUCCAUGUUUUCACGGCCACCGCCACCGUCCGUCAUCUCCAGGACACGCAGCCCUGCAAGCAGUGCAUGUGUGCGUGGAUCCGCGACGCGGCAGCGCAGCACGAUGCAGAGCAGGUGGUCCGUGUCGUGGGGCCGCCCAGAGCCGUGGAACCAGCAUCAGAAGCUGCGGGU